AUGAAUGCUGCUGUUGCGACCCAGCCUGCAGGCCAAGCGCCGCUCGAUCUGGGCAUCACUCUGCCUCUCGGCUCAGCCGGCCCCGAUGAUGAGUGCCGGAUUGUUGUAGAAGAUGAAUAUGACGACGACGACGAUGAGGCCAAUUUGGAGGAUGGGGUUGAGAUUGAGGACCAGGAUGGCGCCCAGGCAGUCCUCCAGCCGGCCAUGAGUGCCACAGCGAGCCAUCUGGCUUCGCCUCGCACGCCGGCAGUAGAGAAGGCAGCGGCACUGGAGAAAUGGCCCGGCGGCAUAUUAGGUAUGCCACCGCCCAUAGAGGAUGACAGCGGAGACAACGACGAUGGCACAACGGUCGGGGAUCCCAACUCGCCCAUAGCAGCGAGCCUCGGCAGUCCUGUGAAAGCCCCGCCUCUCUGUGAGUCUCCUGAGCCGACAAGCCCUACUCAGUUUGAUGGACCGGCCUUGGAUGUUCAAGUGCCUGAGACCAAACCUGGAAGUGAACCAGCCAAAACCACGCCUCCACCUUCUUCGUCCGAAUCCGCGCCAAACGACGUCUCAGGCCCGAAUGAUGGUUUUGACAAACCUAUCAAUCGCCCUCGUCGGCGGCAGUCAACUCGGUCACGACAUAGCAUAGCCGUUCUAGACUCAGCCUUUGCGCACUCGAGAAACCGCUCCCGCUCUGCAGGACAGGAUGCUCUGAGGAGACUACAGAAGGCCUUUCCAUCUCUCAGCUCGCCCAGCCAUCUUCUCCCGUCACUUCCGUCAAACUUCUUCUCCGCCUUCGGCGAAAAGACUUCUUCAACCGUCCCGGCACCAAAGCAACCACUCCAACGGCCAGUGCAUUCGCCUAUUCCUGAGCAUCCAUCAGACAAUCGUCUCGAUGGAAAAGUUCAGUCCUCUUUCUCCCCACGGCCUGAUUCAAUUAGACGCUCCAGCUCCAUCCAUUCACCCCGGAUUUCCACACAAUCCCGGCCGGGCGUGCUGCGUCGAGUCACAUCCGACGACAGCCUUUUGUACCACACUCUGUCUCGUACUUCUUCGCUUGGUAACGACGAGCAGUUUCAUGAUGUACGAGAUAUGGUCAACAUGCGGUUCCAGGCCAUCAAAGAGAGCCUGCCAGAGGUUCCCAACUUCAAAAUGCCCAGUCUCGCGAAGCUCCACACUCCAUCUUUCAUCUCCCUGAACUCGAUGGAUAUGCGUUCUCAGGAGACACCAACAUUUGCACCUGCCAGCCGCUCACCCAAAUUUAACGAGGGAUCUAGCAGUAGCAAGGAUGGUCCCGCCACCCUAGAUGACGUGCUGGCAGAGCUAACAGGUGACAUUGUCAUCAUGGGUGGGCUUCGAGGUUCGGUGCUUCGGUCGGCCAAAGCCCCUCAUCAACAAGUCUGGGCUCCCGUCAAGAUUGGACUCAAUAUGCGGAAAGUAAACUUGGAGAUCGGGUUGGAUGAUGAGGCUGAGGAGAGAAUGGAGGAGACCAUCAUUCCUUCAGGCAUGCUCUCGCACAUGGGGCCUGUGGACAUGUCACGAAAACUCUUCAGAAAGCUAAGGUCGUGUACUAAUGUGCGCAAUGGUACUCUGCGGGUCUGGGAUUAUGGGUAUGAUUGGAGGCUCAGCCCAUAUAUACUUUCCCGCAAACUUCAGGAGUUCUUGGCAAAGCUACCUUCCAACAAGCCUGGCACUGCUCCCGAAUCGCGAGGCGCCCUUCUCAUUGCGCACAGCAUGGGUGGGCUCAUCGCACGACACGCCGUGAACCAACAGCCAAACCUCUUCUCCGGUGUCAUGUUUGCCGGCACACCCCAGCGCUGCAUCAACAUCCUCGGUCCUAUCCGCAAUGGCGACGUCAUCCUCUUCAACGAAAAGCUCCUCUCAGCUCAGGUCAACUUCACCAUCCGCUCCUAUUACGUGUUCCUUCCCGAAGAUGGCUCCUGUUUUGUCGACAAAAACACUGGAGAGCCAUAUCCAGUGGACUUUUACAACCCAGAGGAAUGGGUCAAAUGGCACCUUUGUCCCAGUGUGCAGCCACCUCUACCCCCGUUCAAUCAACCGAUUGGGCCAUCCUCGAGCACGUCAUCGUUCACCUCGUUCCUACCCACGUCUCUGAGGGCACGCGCAGAAAGUUUAUCAGAGAAGCGCUUCAGCAUGAACUUUGACUCGAUCCAAGGGACAAUCAAGGAGCGCACGAUUGCGCCACAGAUGCAAUCCGGGGUCGAGUCGUCAACCACACAGCCCUCGAAUACUGGGGACGUUGCCCCAGUGUUAUCUGACCCGGAACUCAAGCGCAAUAUGGAAUACUUGACUCGCACAUUGGCACGAACUAAGAAGUUCCGCUCAGAAUUGGCACAUUCUAGCGAGCACCAAGCUGCUAACGAAUACCCACCUUUUGGCGUCCUAUACGGAAAGACAACACCUACCGUUUACGCGGCACAGGUCAAUGGAAGAGAUGCAAUUCGACAUUCAGAUGCGUAUGACGACCUUCUCUUCCGCCCAGGUGAUGGUGUCGUGCUAGCCAAGGAGGCUAUGCUACCCGAAGGUUACUCCAUCGUCAAAGGUGGGAGGGUAUCCACGGAACGUGGGCAUAUCACGAUGUUGGGCGAUCUUGGAGCAGUCGGGCAAGUUUUGGCUGCAAUUGUCAAGGGAAGAAGAAAGGGUAUAGGCUAUGGCAAGAAGAAGUCGGAGUAA